CCACCACCGUACAAUAAUUCAGAAAUCGGCAGCGUUGACAAGUCCUCAUCGUGGAUGUCAUCCUGGGUUGUGCUCGGUCCCAGCCCGAUGAUAUGGCUGCACUCUCUCAGCAGUUGAGUAGUUUUCAUGUCAUUGUCUUCGUACUUCUCCCAGAUCUCGAAGAGUCGCCCGUGCACUUCUUUGAAGAUUUUCCGGUGUACCCGAGUCAGGGCGUGCUCCGACAUAAGGUAGAUGGUCAGAUCAACUGUUUCUGCCUCACGGCGCAACAGGGGGGCGAGCACGUAAAACCCUAAGUCUGGACGCCCUGCUCGACCGUUGAUUCUGCGAUGCCAUCCUGGAAAAAAGAAAUAUGUUGUGAACUAUGAUACAGAUAAGUUCAACCAAUUUCAAGGAUGUGGAAAACUUAGAUCUGGUACCGAAAACUUAGUCAAGAGAAUUAUGAACAAAAACCAGAUGGCAACCGCAAUUGAUAUAUACAAGCCAUCUCAUUUCUGAGUGAUGUCAGUUUGCUACUUAGGUACGAAAAUCCUUUCAGCAAUGUUUCGAAAAUGUGGUUCAAGAGGUUUUCUCAAGUUUAUGGCAUUGACUGUCUUUGGUAUGUCAUUAUACGCUCUUACUCUAAAAUGGUUUCCUUCAGAAAGGACUGAUCUCACUAACAAAUUAGGGCCAUUAUAUCAAAUGAUUAUUGGUCAUAGAUAUACUCAUUUGGAAGAUUUGGAGGGAUUUGAAGAAGUCAGUGAUCAGCAGAAGAUAUAUUUAAUGAAGAAAGUGCAAGAUGAAGUUCACAAUCUUAUGUCAAAAUGUCAGCUACAAAAAAAUGAAGUGAGAGAAUGUGAAAGCAAGUUUCAAAAUCAGAAUGAUAAAAUACUGACUAUUUUUACAACAUGGAUGUAUGAUAAAGAUAAGUUUCCCAUCAACAACAAGACCCUGUUCAAUUGGAGAACUUUGCCAGAUGUGAACUUGAUUGUCUUCAGUGACUCUGAAGACGUAAAUCGCCUUAGCAAGGCAGCAGGUUGGUCGGUGGUGCCAAUACAAAACAAAGCCGCUGGGGCACCUAUUCUACCAGAAAUGUUCAUAGAGGCGAAAAAAACAUUCAAGAGCUAUUUUUACGCUUAUGCCAAUGGGGAUCUUUUGUUUACAGAUUCUUUGAUAACAACACUAAGGACUGUUUUGUGCAGUCAUGAGUAUUUUAAAUCAGAAAAAUCCAGUGGGCUUUUAAUUGUGGGUCGACGAACAAACAUUCCAGCUGCAAGUGUAAUUAAUGAUGAUGCUAUCUCAUGGUCGAAACUUCAUUCUCUAGCCAAAAGUCAGGGGGAGCUGUUUCAGACUGAUGCAGAGGACUAUUUCAUAUCGGAUUCUAAAUAUCCAUGGGAAAGUUUCCAACCUGUGGCAGUGGGCAGACGGGGCUAUGAUAAUUGGGUGGUUGCAUUUUCCCGAUACUCAAACAAGACUGUGAUAGAUGCCUCUGAGACUGUAUUAUGUUUACACCAAACUCUUGAUUCCAGAGGAAAUUAUGAAGGUCUCACAAAAGGAAACUACAAUCUGGAUCUCAUAGCAAAAUUGAAUGUUCCAUUUUCAGUGGGAGGCUGGGGCAGGACAUUCUGUUCGGAGUGGAAAACAUGGUCAGAUCUCUGCGGCCAUAUUGUGAUUACUAAAAGAAAGAAAUUUCCAUCAGAGUGUCUUGGUUAUAAACUGACAUAUCAAGUGUGGAAUGCUCUUUUUGGAAAAGAGUCAACACCAGUUCUACGUAUAAAUUAAGUGUAGAGUUGAAGGUUAUAACAGUAUUAAGGGCUUUUGCUGUAAGUUAAUAAACUAUCCAUAGACAUAUUAAUUUAAUGAUUUAUCAAAUCAAUUGGUUAUUAUUUAUAAGUUUUCAACAUUAUACUUGUGAAAUCGUAAAGAAAGUAUUAUAGUAAGAUCAAACAAAUUUUUGUUGAUCAAUACAUUGUUCUUGCAUUGCUUGAGCAAUCACCUAUGAAAUUGUGCAAUUCUAUAUAUAAAAAACACACUACAAGUACACCAGUUAUCAAAAUUGUGCAUUUACUCAGCAAGACAUGUAUGUUUCAUUCAUUUAUUACUGCAACAACCCUUCUAAGCUCACCUAAGCACAACUUCCUAAUUAUGAGCUUCUGUAAUUGCUUUUUUUCGAUCGUUUGUUGUCCCUUGUGCAUCAUCAUCAUUUGCCUUGUAAACACUUCAUGCUUUGUUUGAAAUUUGGUGACUUGGGGUCAUGGCUAGGUCACUGUAAAAUUUAACCCUUUACCACUUAGAUACGUAUUUUAAUGCAUUUGUAGUCAUUAGAAAGUUAUAAUUAAUUUGAGACCUUUCUUUCUAUAUUAAAGUGUUAAAGGCUUUAUUUCCAACCCUUACAUACUGAUGAGGAGCAACCAGCAUAGAACAUGAACUGACUGUGAGUUACUCUCAGGUUGUUCUGGUUCUAUGCUGUUUGCACAAAGCCAUUUUCACUCUACUCCUGAAUGGGAAGGGUUAAAAAAAGCUUGUGAACAUUCUACAGACCACAUUUUAUUGACCAGUCUUCAUGAAAUGUGGUCAGAGUACAUGUAUCUGUCCCAUUCAUAUCUCAGCUGAAUGUGAAACUGGGUCAUGUACGGGCAGAAUCAAGGUCACUAGAGGCCACAUUUAUUUCCAAUCUUUAUGAAACUUGGUCAGAACAAAUGUCAAUAUAAUUUAGGUGAAGUUGUAAUCUGGGUCAUGUGGGGAAAAAACUAGAUCACUGGGUCAAAUUGUUGCAAAAGCAUAUGAACAAUCUAGAGGCCAUGAUUAUACUUUAUAGUCCAAUCUUCAUGAAACAUGUUGGGAAUAUUUGUCUCCAUAAUAUAAAUGAUGAAUUCAAAACAGGGUGAUGUAGGGUCAAAUGAAAUAAAAAAAGUAUGUGAACACUUUAGAAAUCACAUUUGUUUUUGCAAUCUUUAUGAAUCUUGUCCUGGACAUAAAUGAUUUAAGUAUUUCCCCAAAAAUGAAUGUUUCCUGUUCAUUGUAAAACAUAGCUGCCAUUAGAUGGGGUAGUUUUCCAUUUGUGCACACACUUAAUUUCACUUUUUUACCCACUUAUCAGUAAAGUUGUUCAAAACAUUUAUAUUAUAUAUCUAGGCUGUGUUUGGAAAUGAUUGUUGGUUGUCUAAUAACAUUGCAGCCAGGUGUUUGGGCAGUUUUCCUAAUAAAUAUAUUGUGAAUUCUUGUGAACACAACCCACUCAGUUCCUUCUGGUUUCAGAUGAGAUUUUGGGGCAUUGGGCCCUCUUAUUUAUGUCUGUGAUAACUUUUAAAAUAUGUAUUUUAUUAUUUAUUUAUUGAAAAAGAUAGGAAGAUAUUUUGUGCCAAAUUAUUUUGAAAUUCCAUCAUGUACAAUUUAGACACGAGGAGGACAUGAAAUUUCCCAUGCAAACACAUAGACAGAUGUAACAGUAUUUGCCCUUCCGCCAUUAUAAUGGAGGGUUCAUAAAGACUGGCAAACAGAUGGUAUCAGUUAAACAACUUCAGUUUGCAAUGACCAUCUUGAUGAAACUUUGAAUGUAGGAAGCUUGCAUAGAGACGCAGCUUGGUACUGUAUUCCGGGUCGUCUGGGUUAUGGUUAUAAUCACUGUGCUUGAGAUUGCAUGAAUUUAUUUUACUGAAUUAUGUGUGCAGGUAGCUUACAUGCAGACCUAGAUUUGUGAUGCAUAUGUGGCCAUUUAGGUUAAGAUCAAGGUCACUGUUUCUUAAAAUAGAAAAAAAUGGUUUUCAUUUAAUAUCUUCUGUUUUUAUGUCCUCCACCACUAUAAAGGGGGACAUAUUGUUUUUGCCCUGUAUGUUGGGUUGUUUGUUUGCGCCAAACUUUAACAUUUGCCAUAACUUUUGCAAUAUUGAAGUUGCAUGAAGAUAGCAACUUCAUAUUUGGUAUGCAUGUGUAUCUCAUGGAGCUGCACAUUUUGAGUGUUGAAAGGUCAAGGUCAUCCUUCAAGGUCAAAGAUAUGGGUCCAAAUCGCUCAUUCAAUGUACACUUGCAAUAUUGAAGAUAGCAACUUGAUAUUUGGCAUGCGUGUGUAUCUCAUGGAGCUGCACAUUUUGAGUGGUGAAAGGUCAAGGUCAUUCUUUAAGGUCAAAGGUCAAGUAUAUGGGGACAUAGUGUUUCACAAACACAUCUUGUUUAUGCAGACAUCAAUCUGAAUUUGUAUUUGAAGUUUUGAAGGUUUCAUUUGUAUGUCCUUGACAUCUGCUAAUGCCGAAAGGCAUAAAGCAAUUGUCUGACAGUUUUUUCGUUUGUCAGUAUUUGGUUAACAUCAAUUCUAAUAAAUAAAAAGCUUUGAUACUUUGACUCAACACUAAGCACAUAUUUAUCACCUGUCCUUAUUUCUACCUUCUUUUUGACUUAUUCAAAUUUGCAUAUUAAUCCAUAAUAAUAAGGCUUCCACUGGGACAUGCAUUUAUCGCAUGCAGCAUCUAGUUGUUAUCCACUGGGACAUGCUUUUAUCGCAUGCAGCAUCUAGUUGUUAUCCACUGGGACAUGCAUUUAUCGCAUGCAGCAUCAAGUUGUUAUCCACUGGGACAUGCAUUUAUCGCAUGCAGCAUCUAGUUGUUAUCCACUGGGACAUGCAUUUAUUGCAUGCAGCUUCUAGUUGUUACAUAUUUUACUGUAUAAGCAGUAAAUUAGCUUCUUUAACAAAUUUUAUUUGUAGACAUAUACAUGCUUAUUUGCUUUUAAUUGAGAGGUGAAUCAUGUCCCUCAGUUUGUCAAACUUUCCAUGCUUUUCAUGAGGUGAAUGACGUCAUUUUGUGAAUGGGUCUAAUUUGUGCAUGCUUUCUUGAACAAUAACAUUUGACAAUGGUGUUUCGGAUUACAAAUUUAAUUAUAUGCAUUUCAAAAUACUUACAUGGAAUAAUGAUUUGUGUUAUACCAAUGAAUAACAUAUGGAUGUAACACACAAAUCAAUAUGGUAAGUAAAUAGUGUGUUUUGAGAUUGCCAAACUAUGCUAAUGCAUACAUAUACAUGAUGAAUAACUUGACAAUUUAUAUCGCGCUCCGGAUAUAUCACGGUCGCAAUCUUUGGAUCCCUUCAACCGCGAUAUAUUGGAGUUGCAGUGUAUUUAUUUGGUGUGUUUGAUGCAAAAUAUCUUCAUCUUUAUCCUGUAACAGUAUGAAAUACUUGCACAUUUAUUGCAUUAGUAUAACUGUCAAGCGGUCUUGUUAAUACUUUUGUAACCAUGAAAGUGGGUGAUGUAGGGUCAAAUGACACUACAUUUGUAGACACUAUGUCAUUUACUAAUACCAAGAUACUUUUUCUACAGAGCGAUCUCUUCACACAUAAGCUUUAGUCUGUACUUGAAGUCCUAUUUUAUGUACGCAGAUAAAGCGUUUUGCAGGUAAUAAUUCUGUAAAAAGUCUACAAACGUAGGAAACCUUUGAGCCAAAUCUUAAUAUUCAUAUGGCAACACAUUCAAAAGACCACUUCUUACUGAACAUUAGGUAGGGUAACCUUUCAAAUUCAUCGGACCUCACCAGAUUGUACAGGACCUCGGUCUUCUUUUACACAAAUCAGAGAAAAAAAAUUAUCAGUUAAUUUCUAUCAUAUUGACGUUCACAUAUCAUAUUGAUACUUUACAUGUUUCAUUAAGAAGUUUUUUACACCAAACUUAAAUAUAAUUACUAGUUAUUAAUUAUUUUAUUUUUCUUAAGCGGAAUACAUUAUGUAGAUAUAAUUUAAAGGUUCAUAUUAGAGAUUUUGGGCUCAUAAUAUUUAGAUGCACAUAUUUGCCAGAAUAACAAUUCUGCAUUAUACCGGUUAACAAAAUACUCCAUUGUUUGACCCUUAAACUCUCAACUUUAAACAAAGGGGAAAGUGGCAUAUGUUAGGUUUUUUUGCUUGAACCUGUUAUGUCGGUCUUUUCUUCAAAAUAAGUAGACAUUUUCAUAUCAGUAGCAAUUGAACGUGAUUGUAAAAUAAUUGUUGCAUGUACGUUUUAAAUGAAAAAAAAGUUAAUAGGUAAGAGAUAUUUUAUCAUGUCUCAUCCUUUUCUUCAAACUUUUGUCUUUAAGUUUUUGAGUGAGUAUUUACAAAAGUUAGCAAAAUAGAUGUUGCUGCCUUUUUUGAUAUUGUAUUUUCCAUUUUGUGCUUGGCUGGAUCAUUUCUUACAUGUAACGUACUGGGAUACUUUUUAAUGUGUUAAGUUUGGUAACUUCCAUUUACUUACCCACGUAAUUAGUAGUGGGGCAUACAUUGCAAUAUUACUACAUGUAUGUUUGCCAUGUAUUUAUUUAUUUGUUAUGUUUUAUAGUUUGUUGAACCAUUAUUGCUAGUCACAGUUAGUACUACCAUAGUAAUUUACGGUAUUUAAGAUGUUAAUAAUAUGUUGCUUGCUCUAGUGUUCUUAAUAGUGUUCAAUUUGGUGCUUAAAGAGACUUUGUUGUUGUUUUUGUUGUUGCUUUCUUUUCACAGAUAUAAUGUUUGCUAUUUGCACGAGAUAGUUUUGGUAUAUUCAACCAGGUUUUCAAUUGCAAUUUGUAUUUGCAUUUUGCUCUAAAGUCUAGUAAUAAUUUUGCAUUAAUGUCUAGUACUUGUAUACAUGUUAUAACAUUUUGCAAUCAAGCUUAGUGUUAAUAUAAAUUCAUUUUGCAUUUAAAUGGAGUAGUGAUAUGACAUUUUGCACUUGGUCUAUUACUGAAAUUAUGCCAUUCCACCUCUUUUGGUAAGUCAUCUUUGGGCAUAUAAAUACAUCAUUGCCAUACAUAGAUGCACACAAUUAAAACUUGUAGUAAAAUUGUCCGACUUUGAUAGUUUUAUUGUUUUAACAAGUAUAAGAAUGCACUAUCGUAUAACUAUUAUGAUAACCAAACAAUAAUAAAUGUGUUUAUAUGUAUAAUAUAUUUAGAUGUUGUGUUAAUGUAAUAAUGUACAUUGAAUUUGAUAUUGAUUGUUAUGGAUGUGUUUUUUUUGUUUUAGUGAACUCAUCAUCAAAACAAUAUAAAUACUAGUAUAUGUGAUAAAAAAAAGCAAAUGCCAAGUGAUAUGAACACAAGGCUUGUAAAUGAGAAACACACACACAAUAUGAGUCGCUUUCUGAGAAAACUGGGCAUAAUGCAUGUGCAUUAAGUGUCGUCCCAGAUUAGCCUGUGCAGUCCGCACAGGUUAAUCAGGGAUGACACUUUCCGCUUUUAUGACAUAUUUCGUUUAAAUGAAGUCUCUUCUUAGCGAAAAUCCAAUUUAGGCGGAAAGUGUCGUCCCUGAUAGGCCUGUGCAGACUGCACAGGCUAAUCUGGGACGACACUUUACGCACAUGCAUUAUGCCCAGUUUCCUCAGAACACGACACAUAUAAUCAGUUUGUAGAGCCACUAUAGAGCAAUUAGCUGAGAGGGUGAACACAAUCAAUAAACAGUGGCCAACAAGCCAUUUUGAGAGCUGGAGCUUGUUUUUAUAAACCUAGCAGUAUCGAUUAAACAUUCCUAUUAAGUAGUUUAAGAAAUUUUAACAUUGAUGGUUUUUUAUAGUGGUAAUUGGAUAUUUAUAUCUUUUGUAAAUCUGUUGAUAUUGAACAAAUAUUAUACAUACAUGUAUCAAAUGAUAUUCAUCUUCAUUGUCAUAUUUGUGACAUAAUAAACAAUAACAUUGGUUUA